UGUAUUUAUCCCGCGCUUUUUAUUGUUUGCACAAUAUUUGCAUUUUGAGCGCAAAAUAUUUUAUUAAUAUCACUAAAUCAGUGUAACAAUGGAAGAUAAUAAAGAAAACAAUCUAAACUUAUCUAACGAAACCGAGGAGACUCCAAGACAUGAAGAAUAUCAAUACUUAGACCACAUUAAACUGAUUAUAGAAAAAGGCAACAAGAAGUCCGACAGAACAGGCGUUGGCACUAUGUCAAUAUUCGGGGCACAAAUGAGGUACUCCUUAAGAGACAAUACAUUUCCUUUACUAACUACCAAAAAUGUAUUCUGGAGAGCCGUCGUGGAAGAGCUCCUUUGGUUCAUUCGAGGCAGCACAAAUUCCAAUGAACUCAAAGACAAAAAGAUACACAUCUGGGAUGGUAACAGCUCUCGAGAGUAUUUAGAUUCCCUGGGCUUUACACAUCGUGAAGUAGGUGACUUGGGUCCUGUAUACGGCUUCCAAUGGCGUCAUUUCGGAGCUGAGUAUAAAACUUUUAAAGAUGACUACACCGGUCAAGGUGUGGAUCAAUUACAAAAUAUACUGAACUUGAUACGUACUAACCCUGAUGACAGGCGUAUUAUCAUGUGUGCAUGGAACCCUAAAGACUUACCAAUAAUGGCUUUACCACCUUGUCACUGCUUAGCACAAUUCUAUGUGUUCGAUGGUGAACUAAGUUGUCAGUUAUACCAAAGAUCUGCAGAUAUGGGUUUAGGAGUGCCGUUUAAUAUUGCAAGUUAUGCUUUGUUGACAUAUAUGAUUGCACAUGUGACAGGUUUGAAGCCGGGGGAUUUUGUUCAUACUUUGGGCGAUAGUCAUGUGUAUUUGAAUCAUAUUGAGCCUUUGAAGGUGCAGUUGGAACGGACACCGAGGGCGUUUCCUAAGUUGUACAUUGAACGGAAGGUUGAGAGUUUGGAAGAUUUUAAGCUUGAAGAUUUUAAAAUUGUUGGAUAUGAUCCACAUCCUAAAAUUGCUAUGCAGAUGGCAGUAUAAUGAUAAAUUUGUAUUCG